AUGGCGUCGGAGCCGGUGAUCGGGAAGCUCAGCGUCCGCAUUGUCCGAGGCCACAACCUCGUCAUCGCCGACUCGCUCACCCACACCAGCGACCCCUACGUCGUCCUCUGCUACGGCUCCCAGAAGGUGAAGACUAGCGUUCAGAAGAAAAAUGCCAAUCCCUUAUGGAAUGAUGUACUGGUGCUCCCUGUCACAAAUCCUACAAAGCCAGUGAAACUUGAGGUUUUUGAUGAAGACAAAUUCACAGCGGAUGACAGCAUGGGAGUGGCUGAGUUCAAUGUAACUGAUAUCUAUGACGCUGCAAGGCUGGAUCUAAAGCAUGCCUCUGAUGGAACCAGGAUCAAGACGAUCUACCCGGUUGGCACAAACUACCUUGGCAGUGAGAGCCACGUAUCGUGGAAGAAUGGCAAGGUCGUCCAAGACUUGAUUCUGAAGCUGAAGAACGUUGACAGUGGCUCUGUCGUGCUACAGCUGGAAUGGGUUCACGUCCCUGGUGUUACCCUUACUGUGGUUGUGAAGUUCAUGCUUGAAGUUGAACAAAUAAGAGACACCGUUUGUGCUUACACUGAGGUGUAA